CCUGUUCGCACCGCACCACCAGCAUGGCUUCCGUCGCCCGUCGCACUGCGUACACUGAGCAAUCGCCGACGACAUCGACGGCACCAACGGUAUUUAUUGUCUCGUGGAACGACUUUUUGUGCCCGACGACGUUCCUCAGCAAGCGCAAGAGCAACCAACACGUGACCAAGACCGCGUUCGCCAACUUGGACGCGAGCAUCGAGCGCUUUCUGCUGCACGCCAAGCAGUUUGGUACAAUCUUCGUCCUCUGCGAAGACAAGGCGGCGGCAAUCGAAGCGCUGUGCCACAAGUGGCUGCCUCGCACCGCGCGCCUCUUCUCUGCCCGCGAGCUGCACAGCCAGAUCCACUUGAUUUGCGCCGCAACCGCCAUCACGCCUACGUGGCACGCACAAAUUGUUUACUCGAUUUGCUCGCCGCGGCUCCACGCUGGCAACAUCGUCUUGGCCGUGUGCGGAGGCGCCCGUUUGCGCGCCAGCUGCCUCGAAGUCGCCAAGUUCGUGCCGGUCGUGCCGAAGAUUUUUGCAGCCACUGAAGCGGCGCCAACCGUGAACCAAGCAACCAACCUCUCGCGCAUCGUGGCCGACAACCUCUCCAAGGCCAUGCAGCACCCAGGUCCCCUCGACGCAACUAUUUAAGAAGACCUCUCGGAGCGGGUAUCCCAUGUUCUCGCAGCUCGCAGCUUUAUAUACCAUAAUGCGCACUACUAGUAUUGUAUUUACACUGCACA